AUGAAGUGGUUUGGGCCUCUCCAGCAGAGACUGAGUGUUUUUGCUUUCACUCUCAUACAGGUCCUUAUUUGUCCUUAUUGGUUAACAAUAUCCCCUCCUUUCCCCUACAAGAACAUGAAGCACUACAAAGAAAAGAUCAUUCUAGAAUGUGAUGUAGGAUCAGCAGUGGGGUUCUGGGCUGUGCUGGGUUAUAUAGGACUCCUCUCUAUAUUGUGUUUUGUUUUAGCUUUUCUAGCUCGCAAGCUGCCUGACAACUUCAAUGAAGCCAAAUACAUCACAUUCAGCAUGCUCAUAUUCAGUGCAGUCUGGAUCACCUUUAUACCAGCUUAUGUCAGCUCGCCAGGAAAGUUCACUGUAGCUGUGGAGAUCUUUGCAAUUUUAGCAUCUAGUUUUGGCUUGCUAUUCUGUAUCUUUCUUCCAAAAUGUUCAAUAAUAUUAUUCAGACCUGAACAAAAUACAAGAAAACAUAUAAUGGGUAAAACAGAUGUGAAAUCUCAGUGA